UCAUCCUUCUUCUUCUUCUUCUUCUUCGUCUACACAUCUUUCCCUGCUACAUCUGUCCUUUCGCAUAUCGACUUUGCUCCCUCAGGAUUCCACGAUCAGAAGUUUCUUGGUUCUUCUUCACUGUCUUCGUUUUUCUGCCUUUUGGUUCUAGAAUUCGUGCUCCCGUGUCGUUUGGCUGUCUUCUCUCUCGUUUUUUAAGCUGUCUCUUCUUCCAAUCUGUAGAUUUUGUGUUUGUUUGAUCUGGAUCGGCUUCGUUCUCGAUUUCGUUUUCUCCGGUCUGUUGUUGGGUUCCGUGAUUCCUUUGGUUAGAAUACGCGAGACUGUUGACGAAUCUGGUAGGAUUUUGUGGGUAGAUGUUUCAGUGGUUCGGAACGUAGGAUUGAAGAAAUUCUGUUCAUAUUGUUAUCCUCAAGAUGAGUUAGGAAUGGGUUCUGAGAUCGACUUUUUGGGUGUUUUUUCUGCAGAUAGCUUCUGAGGAAUGAAUUUCUUGCUUCGAUCUGCUUCAAGUGCUACUCAUCAGCCGGUGAUAGAGCCCGUCAAUGCUGCUCCUGAGCCACCGGCUGAGACAACAAGGCCUGCUGCCACUCUUGAGGGUCUGAUAGCCGAAGAGUCAUUUCCGCACUAUCCGCCGGUGGAAGAUCACGAUCGUGUGACUGGUGACGAUAAUGGCACCGGAGAUUCAAGUGCACAGAUCUGUGGCCCUGUCAUGGAUAGGUUCUCAGAUGUGUCUGAGGAAGAAGGAUGGAUAGCCAUUCCAUACAAGGAAAUCCCCGAAAACUGGGCUGAUGCGGCUGAUAUUCAUUCAUUACUGCCCCUGGAUCGCUCCUUUGUAUUUCCUGGCGAACAAGUCCAAGUCCUGGCAUGCUUAUCUGCUAGUAAAGGAGAAACAGAGAUUAUCACUCCCUUUAAAGUUGCCGAGGUAAUGAGCAGAAGUGGACAGAGGAAGUUCUCCGACAGACAAAAUGGACACAUGUCUGAAUUUGGGGAUGAAGAAAUGAGUCUCGAUGGUGAAUUUGCGACUCAGAAUGGUGAAAACCCUGGUAAAGAGAGUUUGGAUUCGCGGAAGGAUGUAACUAACGGUGAAUCAAUUUUGAGGAUGGAAGAUCAUAUGAGACAGACAGAAGAACUGUUGCGCAGGUUUCAGAAUUCCCAUUUCUUUGUUAGGAUUGCAGAGUCUGGCGAGCCACUUUGGUCAAAGAAAAGCUCUCUCGGAACAGGUCCAGAGACAGAUGAAACGGGCAAAAGUGGGAAAGGAAGACCUUGUGUUAGUGCCUUUAUAGAUAGAGGAGAGUUUGACCCUAAUGCUGCUGGAGGUGUAGCUAGGAGCUCCGCAAAGUGCUGUGCCUUACCCAAUGGAGAUAUAGUGGUGUCGUUACAAGUUAAUGUUGCCGAUUCUCCAAAUGACCCGGUCAUGGAAAUACUGCAAUUUGAGAAGCACUGGAACAGAGACCAACCUCCUGAGAGCUAUAAUAACACGGAUAAUGGAGAUAAGGAUCCAUAUGGGGAUUUGUUAAAGUGGUUGAUACCCUUGGACAAUACUAUUCCUCAACCAUCCAGUUCUUUAUCACCUUCUUUGAGCUCUAGCCCAGGUAUCAGCAGCACAUCACACAGGUCGGCCAUCUCUGCUACCUCUGGUUCUCAACUCUUCUCAUUCGGCCAUUUUAGAAGCUACUCGAUGUCCUCCCUUCCUCCAAAUACUGUACCUGCGCCUGGACCCAUAAAAGCCCAGACUUCUAAACCAUCAUUUGAAAUUGGAGAUUGGGAUAGUCACUCAGCUCAUAAGCUACUGAAGGGUCAGAAGUCAGGCACAGAAGAGCUUUUAUCUUUCCGGAGUGUGGCACUGGAGCGGGAUAGGUUCUCUGUUCGUUGUGGACUCGAGGGCAUCUGCAUUCCAGGAAGGAGGUGGAGGAGGAAACUCGAGAUAAUUCAACCGGUUCAAAUACAUUCGUUUACUGCUGACUGCAACACAGAUGAUCUUCUUUGUGUUCAGAUAAAGAAUGUGGCCCCGGCACAUAACCCGGAUAUUGUAAUAUAUGUGGAUGCCAUAAGCAUUGUUUUCGAGGAGGCAGGGAAAAGCGCCACUCCUUCGGCUGUACCAAUUGCAUGUAUUGAAGCUGGAAAUGACCACAGUUUACCGAAUUUAACUCUCAGGACAGGUGAAGAGCACUCAUUCAUAGUGAAGCCUACUUCUUCUGCGAGGAAUAAUCUUAUGCCCUCAAGUGAUAGGAAAAAACUGCCGGUGUCGAGUUUGUCUCUUCGAUCUGUGAAUUUUGAAAGAAAAAAAAGCGGUUUAAAUGAUGAUCAGUAUGCGAUUCUGGUGUCGUGCCGGUGCAACUACACAGAAUCGAGAUUGUUCUUCAAACAGCGGACGGACUGGAGACCACGUGCUCCGAGGGAUCUGAUGAUCUCUGUUGCGUCUGAAAUGUCAGGAGAGCCUUGUGGGCCCCAUGGAAGAGCCUCUCAGCUUCCUGUUCAGGUCCUAACUCUUCAGGCAUCAAAUUUGUCAUCAGAAGAUUUGUCUUUGACUGUUCUAGCCCCUACUUCUUUUGCAUCACCUCCAUCCGUGGUGUCGCUGAACUCCACGCCUACAUCCCCUGUCAGUCCGUUCUUGGGUUUCUCUGAGUUCACGGAGAGAGUACAAAGCGAGAAACGCGGCUCAAUGAUGCGUAAACUGAACUCAUUACCCCCUAUUGCACUGAAGGCGCAGACAGCGAGCAUAGACAGUGAGGGCAGGUCUGCUUCUUUCAACGAGCGACCUUCAAAUCCAUCAGAUGUAGUCCCAAAGAGCGGAUUGGGCUGCACACAUCUUUGGCUUCAAAGCCGAGUUCCCUUGGGAUGUGUUCCAUCGCAAUCUACAGCGACAAUCAAGAUGGAACUGCUUCCAUUGACAGAUGGAAUAAUCACUCUGGAUACUCUCCAGAUCCACGUCAAGGAGAAAGGUCGUAGGUAUGUUCCGGAGCAGUCGUUGAAGAUAAAUGCCAAGUCGAGCAUUUCCACGGGGAUCAUGUAGGAGGGCAUAUCUAACACUCAGCUUCAAGUCUUUGUUUAACACAGAGCCACGGGCCCACACCCAUAUACAUGUAUUUGCACUCUGAGGGAGUUUGUUUUUAUUGGAUGGAUUAGCGUUUCCAUGUUUCGGGGUUUGAGGAAGUGUGUGUUGUAUUUUCUCAUUUGAUUUUUUCAUUUCUUCUUCUCAAACAUUAUUCGAAUGUUGAAAAUGGAAUGUCGGACUAGUAAAUGCAGCUUUUGGGAUUUGAGAUUUCACUCA